UGUGCUCGACGUUCGAUUUUACAUCCUCAGUCAGGAUCGUCAAUGGAUGUCAGAGAGAAUUGAGCUGCGUGUAGAGAUAGACAUGGCGAAUAAUGUUGGGUCACUACAGGAGCAGGCCCUGAAGAGAAAAGAGAGGCUAAAAGCACUGAGAGACAAACAACUUCAUGGGCAAGAGGAAGAUGGGGAGCCAGAGAAGAAAAAAGCUUCACUAGAGGAGACUGCUGAAGAGAAGCACAGAGAGCUGAAGCUGAGGAAUUACACCCCGGAGGAUGAAGAGUUGAAGCAGAGACAGGUGCCUAAUGCCAAACCUGCAUCUGUGGAGGACAAAGUUAAAGACCAGUUAGAGGCAGCUAAUCCGGAGCCCAUCAUUGAGGAAGUGGAUUUGGCCAACCUGGCCCCAAGAAAACCAGACUGGGAUCUAAAGCGUGAUGUGGCAAAGAAACUGGAGAAGUUGGAGAGGAGAACACAGAGAGCCAUCGCUGAGCUCAUCCGGGAUCGUCUCAGAGGCAGCGAGGAGGAGUUGGCUGCAGCUGUGGGAGCAGUAGGAACAGCAGGAGAGGGGGAGGAGGAGGGACACUCUGACUGAACCCAACAUGUGACUGCUUUAAGAAAGAGACGUACACAGGGAUGGCCUCAGUUUACUGAGACUGUGCAGUUGCAUCUGAGUUGUGUAUCAAAGUGAUGGAUACUUUCACUGCUGCAGGGAGAAAAAUGUUUUCUGUCAGGUCAUCUUAUUCCCUUUGUGAGUCCUGCCUUGUAUUGUUGCAUUAGUGUACCGGUAUAUGAAUGUGGAGUAGUACAUUCACUUUAUGUGGUUUAUUGAUAUGCAUUUUUGAUGUAAUCAUCAAUAUUUCAUUGUAUGUUUUUUUAUAUUUUCAAGUAAAAUAAUGUGAAUUUUUCAAA